AUGGACUUUGCAACAUGGCGUACAUCGUCCAACCUCUCCCGCGACAGCGACGCUGCCGAGACCCUCGAGAUCCGCCUACAGGAGCUCACCAAUAUGCUCAGCGAUGAAAGCCGCCGCCCCCUCCCCCACCCCUGCAUCCAGUUCGCCUCCAUACGUCAGAUAUACGUGCCCAUCGGCAAGAUUGCCACGACGUCCUACAAUGAGUGGAUCAUCAAGGAGGCCGUCCUCCUCUUCGCCACGCUCAUCGAGAGCGAGGAGGAGGCCUUCGUCGAGAAGACUACCUUCUCCGCCAGCCUGACCAAUCUGCUGGUGCGGAUAACGGGGCCCAACAGCGUCCGCUUGGGCUUGGACACUGAGUCCCGUGUUGUCGAGCUAGCCUUCAACAUCACCACCAAGAUCCGCCUCGACCCUGCCAUCUUGCCUGCCUGGUUCAAGGCGACGCAGCGCGAUGCCGCAGGCAAUAGCAUGCGUCUUGUUCCAGGUAGUACCAAGCCCAUCGGCAGCAGCGGCAGCAGCAGCAGCAGCAGGGAUCGCUUCACUGGUCGUGCCCAGAGAGCCGACUUCCCCCUCUUUUAUAUCCUUAUGGAUUAUAUCCAUCACGAGGGCAAGGUAGGCGACUUUGCCCGUACGGGGCUCCUGUACAUCAUCGAAGCGGCCUCGAGCUCCACGGAACUUGAGCAGUGGAUCGUCGAGAGCGACCUGUCCACCCUCAUGGCCACGGGUCUGGGCGCUCUUUACAGCCAGCUCAGCCGGAAGCUCGUCAUUGACCAUACCCCCCAUAACCUGCCCCCGAUCCUUGCCCUCUCCGACUACCAGCAUCCGUCUUCGAACUACGAGAUCAUCAGUUCGUGCUCCCCAGAGUUCCAGUCUCAUAUCGAAACGUUUCUCUCCCACCUCUUGUUCUGGCAGGAUGUGCUCAACCACUGCAAGUCGGCCGAUGUCAAGUCGACGCUGCUUGAGCAUUUCCAGGUCAUUUUCCUGCAGCAGUUGUUAUACCCAUCUCUCCUUGAAUCGUCCGACAUCGACGGUGGCUCCUCUGUGGCCGUUCUCACGUAUCUACGCCGCAUCCUCGAAGCGGUGGAUCACCCGGAUAUGAUCAACCUUAUCCUCCAUUACCUGCUUGACCUACCGGAUUCGACGCCAUCGCCCCCCUCAAAGGAUGUCGAAUCGCGGACGAGCGUCAGCGCCGCCAGGAAGAGAAAGUCGAUGGACCUGGCCACCCUGACGGCGGCAAGAACCGACACGUCGGCCACGCCCAUGCUGUUUAACCUGGUGGACCUAGUCCUCGCAUGCCUGCGGUCACGCAACCAGCAAACGAUCCACGUCACGCUGCAGCUAGUGUCGGCUAUUCUCAAGAGGCACCACCGCUAUGCCGUCAUGACGCUCCUCAAAACCGAGAUUCUCCCCGGAAACACGGUUCGCCGCACCGCCGGCGCCCAUGAGCAAGAGGUUGACUAUCUCAUGAGCCUCGCCGGGUCUGUUGGGGGCCAGGACAAUUUUGACCAGGUCUACGACGGUGUACUGCAGGACAUGCUAUCGCGACUGGAGAGCCACUCUUGCUCGGUCAAGCUCGUGGCCCCAAACGUGGGCAAGAACAACUACAAGCCACCGGACACGACUAGCAAUGGUCCCCUUAACAAGCCGAGAGAUGUGCGGGAACACACGCUGCGGCCCGACGAUCCGCUCCUCCACGCCAUGCUCGACCUCCUCGAGACCUUCUUCCUCAACGCCGUGGAGACAAACCUGUCGGUGACGGAGAGCCUGGUGGACCUGGCCAUCUGCGGCUACAUGAGCAUAGAAGGCUGGCUGUCGCGCAGUCCAAGUACCUACAGGUAUACAAACAAGGACGGCAGGGAAGAGAUUGAUGCCCGCCCGGAGGGGGGUGACGAUCAGGAGGAAGCCAUUCGCAACUGCCGCCGCCGCCCCGAGUGGGAUCAGCAGUCGGUCCCGCGGUUCCUCGACAUUAUCAAACACCUCUGCGACCAGGUGGCCAACUACAAGCAGUCUGUGCCGCGAUUCGAAGAGCUCGUACAGCAGAGGCGCGAAGCCUUCCACACGGCCGACAUGAUUCUACACAAUCCCAUGCCACCACGAAGAGGUGGAGGUGGAGGCGGCACUGGCGGGGGUGGCGGUGGCGGCAACGGCACCUGGGACUCGUCGCCUCAUACGGGCAACACGCCCGAUCAGCUGAUGACACCGGGCGAGGACACUUCCCGGAGCGCAUCGCCGCUCUCUGCGCGCCCGUCGGCGUUUGAAGGGUUCGCUCAGCGUCUGCUGUCGGAGCUAGGCACGCCAAGCCGGUCUGCGAUCCCUCGCAGCGGCCGGGGCGGCGGCAGGGACAUGGCAGGACGCGGAGCCGGCAGCGAGACGGUCACUCCGCAGCCACCACAGUACAUCCCACGCUCGGCGUCACCCAGCCGGCUGGGCGAGGGCAUCCUAGGAAUGAUGGACCUAGACGACCCCAUGUCUGAGCACUACGACCAGACGCUGACGAGCCGAAUGGCCGACUUCGCAGCAGUGGACCAGACAAUACUAUCCAGACGCUCAUUUGUCAUGGAGCUGGCUAGCCUUUUGCAGGUGCGGGCUGGACUGUUUAACGAGGUGCGGUUUGUCUAG